CUUCCUGGCAAACGGCCAGCUGGCUGGUCAGUGCAGGCCAAAGUCGACGUGUACCUGUGGCUGGGCUCGGCCAAACACUCCAGUGCCAUUUUGGACAACUUGCCAGGCGGCUAUGAAACAGAAAUGUCCUCCAAAGUGGCUGUCCCCACUCACCCUCCAGCCAACCUGAUCUACCAAGACCGGCAUAUCUUCCAGCUGAGGGCGCACAUGUACCAAGCCCGGGGCCUCAUCGCGGCCGACAGCAACGGACUUUCAGACCCUUUUGCCAAAGUCACGUUCCUUUCCCACUGCCAGACCACAAAGGUCAUUUCCCAGACCCUCUCCCCGACCUGGAACCAGAUGCUGCUGUUCAAUGACCUGGUGCUGCAUGGAGACCACCAGGAGCUGGCGGAGUCCCCGCCCUUGGUGGUGGUGGAGCUGUAUGACAGCGACGCGGUGGGAAAGCCGGAAUAUUUGGGAGCCACGGUGGCUGCUCCUGUUGUGAAGCUGGCUGACCAGGACUAUGAGGCGCCCCGGCUGUGCUAUCACCCCAUCUUCUGUGGGAACCUCUCUGGAGGGGACCUCCUUGCCGUGUUCGAGCUGUUACAGGUCCCUUCAUCCGGGCUACAGGGGCUCCCUCCCAUUGACCCACCAGAUGUCACCCAGAUCUACCCAGUUCCUGCCAGCAUUCGGCCAGUGCUGAGUAAAUACCGAGUGGAGGUUCUCUUCUGGGGAGUCCGAGAGAUGAAGAAGGUGCAGCUGCUCUCGGUGGAUCGUCCUCAGGUGCUCAUCGAGUGCGGGGGACGAGGAGUCAAGUCCUGCGUGAUCCAGAGCUACAAGAACAACCCGAACUUCAGCAUCCAGGCAGAUGCUUUCGAAGUGGAGCUGCCUGAGAAUGAGCUGCUGCACCCGCCCCUGAGCAUCUGCGUGGUGGACUGGAGGGCUUUCGGGAGGAGCACCCUGGUGGGCACCUACACCAUCAACUGCUUGAAGCAGUUCUUGUGUAAAUCCAGGGAGCCCCUCGCCCCCGCCUCACAGGUGGACGGAACCCAAGCUGGGCAAGAUUCGCUAAUAGCCACUGAGCCCUCUGGGCCCCUCAGCUCCUCCCAGGACCUCCCAACAGAUCACAUCUAUGUGGACGUUGAGCCACCUCCCACAGUGGUACCUGACUCUGCCCAGGUUCAGCAGGCAAGUCAGGUUGACAUCCCCGACUCAUCCCCUAUGCUGGCGGCUGAACACCCACCUGCAGCCCGGGAGCCACCACAGGAUGGAAAAGCUAAGGAUGCCAGGAAACCUUCCCGGAGGUCCACCAAAAGGAGGAAGAGGACCAUAGCAGAUGAGUCUGCUGAAAAUGUCAUUGACUGGUGGUCCAAAUACUAUGCCUCCGUGAAGAAAGCACAGAAGGAAAAGGAGAGAAAUCUCAAAGAGAAGAAAGACAAGACAGAUGCAAAACCAGAUGAGGUCGUGGUGAAUAUAGAAGAUGGUCCGAAGAAGAAGAAAGAUAAAAUGCUCAAGAAGAAGCCCAAAGAAGAUGAAAUCCCCAACCUGGCUGUCUUGAAGGGCUCUUUCUGCAUUUACAAAAGCCCCGAGGAUUCCAGCACUGAGGACAACGGGCAGCUGAGAAUCCAGCAAGGAAUUCCACCCAACCACCCCGUCAAAGUCAUGAUCCGGGUGUACAUUGUGGCGGCAUUUAAUCUUAGCCCAGCCGAUCCAGAUGGCAAAUCGGAUCCCUACAUUGUGGUCAAGCUUGGCAAAACAGAAAUCAAGGACCGAGACAAAUACAUCCCCAAGCAGCUGAACCCAGUGUUUGGAAGGUCAUUUGAGAUCCAGGCCACGUUCCCAAAGGAGUCCCUGCUCUCCGUCCUGAUCUACGACCAUGACAUGAUCGGGACAGAUGACCUCAUUGGCGAGACCAGGAUCGACCUGGAGAACCGCUUUUACAGCAAACACCGCGCCAUCUGCGGCCUGCAGAGCCAGUACGAGAUAGAAGGAUACAACGCCUGGAGAGACACGUCCAAGCCCACAGAAAUCCUCGCCAAGCUCUGCAAGGACAACAAGCUGGAUGGGCCCUACUUCCAUCCCGGGAAAAUACAGAUCGGAAGCCAGGUCUUUUCUGGAAAAACAGUCUUCACUGAAGAGGACUCGGAUGAGACGGUGGAGUCUUACGAGCACUUGGCCCUCAAAGUUUUACACUCUUGGAAUGAUAUCCCAGAGGUUGGGUGUAGGCUGGUUCCUGAGCACAUAGAAACCCGUCCGCUGUACCACAAGGAUAAGCCAGGGAUGGAGCAGGGCCGCCUGCAGAUGUGGGUGGACAUGUUUCCCAAAGAUAUGCCUCAGCCUGGACCUCCUGUUGACAUUUCACCAAGGCAACCCAAAGGAUAUGAAUUGAGAGUAACCAUCUGGAACACUGAAGAUGUCAUUUUAGAGGAUGAGAAUAUCUUCACAGGACAAAAAUCAAGUGAUAUUUAUGUUAAAGGGUGGAUAAAGGGUUUGGAAGAUGACAAGCAGGAGACAGACGUGCAUUACAACUCCCUGACCGGCGAGGGGAACUUCAACUGGCGCUUCCUGUUUCCGUUUCAGUAUCUCCCAGCUGAGAAGCAAAUGGUCAUCACCAAGAGGGAGAACAUCUUUUCCUUGGAGAAGAUGGAGUGUAAGACGCCAGCUGUGCUGGUGCUCCAGGUCUGGGAUUUUGAAAGGCUGUCCUCGGAUGACUUUCUGGGCUCCCUAGAAAUGAACCUCAACAGUUUCCCCCGGGCAGCCAAGUCUGCCAAAGCCUGUGAUCUCAGCAAGUUUGAAAAUGCGAGUGAGGAGAGCAAGAUCUCCAUAUUCCAGCAAAAGCGCGUGCGGGGCUGGUGGCCUUUUGCUAAAAGCAAAGAACUCACAGGGAAGGUGGAGGCCGAGUUCCACCUGGUUACUGCGGAGGAGGCUGAGAAAAACCCUGUCGGGAAAGCGCGGAAGGAGCCAGAGCCCCUGGCCAAACCCAACCGCCCAGACACCUCCUUCUCCUGGUUUGUGAGCCCCUUCAAGUGCCUGUACCACCUCAUCUGGAAGAAUUACAAGAAGUACAUCAUCAUCGCUUUCAUUCUGAUCAUCCUCAUCAUCUUCCUGGUCCUCUUCAUCUACACCUUGCCAGGCGCCAUCAGCCGAAAGAUUGUUGUGGGCUCCUAGAGGAUCAUGGAGGACCCGGGCCCUCCCUUUCUAUGAAUCCUCUCUUCUUCCUCACCUGUAAAUACAGAAGAAAGGGUGCUCUGUGCAGGCACUGUGCUGGGUGCUAAUGGGUGAACCCAAGGGGCCUCAGAACCAGUCACU